AUGGAGCCAAUUCGUCUCGGCGUCAUAGGCUAUGGCUUCUCCGCCAAAUGCUUCCAUCUGCCAUUCAUCAACGUGUGCCCGGACUUCAAGGUGGUCGCCUUCUUCCAACGAACCGAGGCGCCAAAGGAUCCCAAGACCGCCGAACCCGGCUCCCAUUGCACGGUCGACUAUCCCAGCGUCAAGCACUAUCGCAACGCAGACGACUUCUUCGCCGACAAGGACAUCGACGUGGUGAUUGUGUGCAGCAAGCAGGAUACACAUGCAGAGUAUGCCGAGAAGGCCCUAAACGCUGGGAAGCACGAAAAGCCCUUCACCCGGACGACAGAAGAGGCCGACCACCUCAUCUCCCUGGCAAAGAAGACUGGCAAGAUCUUGACAGUUUUCCAAAAUCGAAGAUGGGACAACGACUUUCUCACUCUCCGCCACCUGCUCGACAAAGACGCCUUUGGGACCAUCAAAGAAUGCGAGAUCCACUACGACGUCGACUUUCCCUUUUGGAUGCGAGGCAUGAAUAAGAAGGAGUAUUCGCCGGGGGACGGCAUGACUUUUGGUCUAGGAAGCCACACGCUCGACCAAGCCCUGCUGCUCUUCGGGCGGCCCAAGUCGGUGACGGGGUUCCUGCGCGUGCUCCGCGGCAUCGACAGCGAGAUCGAGGACAGCUUCACGGCGAUCUUGCAGUACGACGGACCGCAGCAGGAGCUGCUGGUGACGGUGAAGACGAUGGUGGUGUCGACGAUGAAGGACCAGCUGAAGUACUUUGUCCGGGGCACGAAAGGGUCGUUUGUCAAGCACGGCACAUGCAUCCAAGAAGAACAGAUCUUGUCGACGCCGUCCAUGCCGGCGACGGACCCAAAUUUCGGCCAUGAACCGCCGCACCUGUACGGCCUGCUGACGACCAAGGGCGAGCACGCCUUCGACCACGCGCACCAGAUCUACGAGCCGGACUUCAAGCUGUUCGUGGGCCGCUACCCGACCGUCCCGGGCCACUGGCUGGGCUUCUACGAGAACCUGAGGGACGCCGUGCGCGGCCAGGCCGACAUCGCCGUCAAGCCCGAGCAGUCGCGCGACGGUAUCCGGCUGAUCGAGCUGGUGCGCCUGAGUAGCCAGAAGGGUCAGGCGGUCGAGUGGCAUUGA